AUGGUAGAAGCAGAAGGCAACCCCACGACGUGGAAAUUUACCCAGUGCUUCGGCGACAAGGGCGAUGUUGAAGACAUAACCGAAGCCAGCCCAGCCGAUAUCAUCUCCACCGUCGAGUUCGACCAGACGGGUAACUACCUCGCAACUGGCGACAAGGGCGGCCGUGUAGUUUUGUUCGAGAGGAACGAAACGAAAAAAACCUGCGAAUACAAGUUCCACACCGAGUUCCAAUCGCACGAGCCAGAGUUCGACUACCUAAAGUCGCUCGAAAUCGAAGAGAAGAUCAACAAGAUCAAGUGGUGCCGCCGGCAAAACGCCUCACACUACCUCCUCUCCACAAACGACAAGACGAUCAAGCUAUGGAAGGUGUUUGAGAAGUCGCUCAAGGUGGUGGCGGAGAACAACCUAUCACAUGAGUUGACGCCAGGAGGUGGGGUUGCUGGUGGAGGCGGUCCUGUCAGGAACCCAAAUGCUCAAUUCCGCAGCGCCUCCGACCUGAAGCUUCCGCGCCUCACACAUCACGACACUGUCGUCGCCGCAGUACCCCGAAAGACGUAUGCAAAUGCACACGCCUACCACAUCAACAGCAUAUCCGUCAACAGCGAUGGGGAGACAUUCAUCAGCAGCGACGAUCUGCGCAUCAAUCUCUGGAACCUCAACAUCCAGGACCAGAGCUUCAACAUUGUCGACAUCAAGCCCGCCAACAUGGAGGAGCUUACCGAGGUCAUUACAGCUGCCGAGUUCCACCCUAUCAGCUGCAAUUGGUUCAUGUACGCAAGCUCCAAGGGCACUAUCAAGCUGGCCGAUAUGCGAGAGAGUGCGCUGUGCGACCAGCACGCGAAACAAUUCGAACAAGAGGAAGACCCGUCUUCGCGGUCGUUCUUUUCUGAGAUCAUUUCAUCCAUUUCCGACGUACGAUUUUCACACGACGGACGAUACAUCCUGUCACGCGACUAUUUGACGGUCAAGAUUUGGGAUGUAAACAUGGAGAAGACUCCGGUCAAGACGAUUCCUAUUCAUGAGCACCUACGACCUAGGCUCUGUGACACGUACGAAAACGACAGCAUUUUCGACAAGUUCGAGGUUGUCUUCUCCGGCGAUGCCAAGAACGUCAUGACUGGCAGCUACAACAACAACUUUAUGAUAUAUCCAUCGGACAAUGACAAGGAUACCGAGGUUGUUCUUCAGGCCGAUAAGUCUGCAUUCAAGGCCAAGAAGGUCGGAAUUCCCACGCCUAUGAACUCAUCCGCAAGCCCGACAGGUAGCAACACCAGCAAGAAGGGUGGCUCAAGAGCCGGAAGCCCCGCUGCAGGAGCCGUUGGGCAAGGGCAACGUAUGAGGAAAGAGACCGACGCGGAUCAGAUCGACUUCAACAAGAAGAUCCUACAUAUGAGCUGGCACCCAUUCGAAGACAGCAUUGCUAUAGCAGCGACAAACAACCUUUUUGUUUUCUCCGCAUUGUAGUGUAGCCUUCAUUCACGAUUAUCGCCAUAGAACACUUGCAAACAGUAGUCUACACUUGUUGGGUUCUUGGCCAUCCUUACUUCCAUGUUCAUUUCAGUGUUGGCAGCAGCCUGCCAGGUGGCGCUAGGAUGAUAGAACAGGAGCAUUCAUGGCGAAACGGGGCGAGAAUGCCGGUGAUGGAUGUCGCAAUGCGGGUUACGCCAAAUAGCCGCAGAGCAGUGUAGAUUGCAACACCAAGAUAAUGACUCUGAAUGGUGCAGAGAAAUAACAAAA